AUGUGCCUCUACCAUCUCCGCCUCUCCGCUCAAUCCAUCAACGACAUCACAACCACUCCCGCCUCCCCCGACAGCCUCCUCAUCGCCUUCGCCGGCCCUAGUGGCUUCUCCCUUGUCGACGCCAUUUGCCACGUGGCCAGAUCCGUUAGAGCCCGAGUUGUUCUCAUCACAGCCAGACCGGAAUCUGAGAGCGAGGCUUGCUGGUACACCGACGCCAUCGCGUAUCUCCCGGUGAGGAUGAUGGAUGAUGAUGAAGAGGAGGGUGAAUCGGGUGCUCCGACUGCGGUGAGGUUACUAAUGGGGAGUUUAUAUGAAGUGGCUUUGUUUGUGUUGUUUGAGAUGCUUGUGUUGAGGCUUGGUGAGCUUUUGGACCAAAGCCUGGCCCAACUUCGUGCUCUCCACACCAAUCUUGAUUAG